UUGGUUGCUUCAUGGCCUCCCCGCAAUCCUCCUACGGCUCAUCCGAGGAAAACGCCUCCUCCGACGAUUCUGACCACCAAGUUGUGGAGAAGCAGCCUCUAAGAGAAGAAUCGGAGGAGGAGACUGGGGGCAAUGAAGAAUCGGAGGAGGAGGAGGAGGAGGAGGAGGGGCCGGACGACAAUAACAUCCACCAGCCGCCACUGCAAGGCGACACGGUCCCAGAUUCCGAGUCGCCGCCCAGGUCCCAACCCAAGAGGAAGGCCGUGGAUGCAGAACCUGUCGAGCACAAGAGGAUGAGGUCGGCCGAGGCGCCGCAGCCUAGGAUGCAACCUGAGGCCGCUGAAGUUACUCUGAUUCAACCUGAGGUCGCUGAACAUGCUCUGACUAAGAGCGAUGCGGAGAAGCUAUUCCAAGUCAAGAUCGAUUUUUAUUGGCACCUUGGGCAAGAGGUGUUGGCCCUAGAGGAGAAACAUCCUGGGUUGUUCAAGUCUUCGUUCCUGAAGCUUCCUGACGAGAAGGCCAGGACACUCAAUGCCAAACUUCAGAAGCAACACAUUGCAAAAUUAAAGGCUUUGUUGUGGUUGGCUGAUAUCAGAAAGGAGGUGACGAACUCCCUCAUCAAUUGUCUCGACUGAAGUCAUGAUAUAUAGAACUGGAGCGAAUCUGAAAUGCAUUCAGUUUACAGGUGUUAAAAGACAGCAACACCAGGAAGACACCGGAAGUGGGGCCUAUUAUAUUAAGUCACAAUUCGCUAGUUGGUUAUUUUGGUUUCUAUUCUGCUCGAUAUUUAUAUAUACUCUAUAUAUGUUACUACUAGUGUUAUCAAAUUUUGGUCCGGGUGGGACAUGUCUGAAUGAUUGAUUCAAGUAUUAAUGAUACUAGCAAAUAUG